UUCAACCAUUGCAUCACUUUCCAGUUCCCCCACGAUCCUCCGCUGCCUCCGAUCCUAACUCCAACUCCAAACAAAAUGGUCAAAGCUGUCGUUGCUGGCGCCUCCGGCGGUAUUGGACAGCCGCUGUCGCUGCUCCUGAAGCUCUCUCCGCUCGUCAGCGAGCUCGCACUCUACGAUGUUGUCAACACCCCCGGUGUUGCGACCGACCUGUCGCACAUUUCAUCCAACGCCAAAACCACUGGCUACCUGCCCGCCAACGACGGCGCCAAGACCGCUUUCAAGGAUGCCGACAUCAUCAUCAUCCCGGCGGGCAUUCCCCGCAAGCCCGGCAUGACCCGUGAUGACCUCUUCAACAUCAACGCCGGCAUCGUGAAGGGCCUCAUUGAGGUGGCCGCCGAGGUCGCCCCCAAGGCCUUCAUCCUGGUUAUUUCCAACCCCGUCAACUCGACCGUCCCCAUCUCGGCCGAGGUGCUCAAGGCCAAGGGCGUCUUCAACCCCCAGCGCCUCUUCGGUGUCACCACCCUCGACAUUGUCCGUGCCGAGACCUUCGUUGCCGAGAUUGCCGGCAAGAGCAACCCCCAGGAGUUGACUGUCCCCGUCGUUGGCGGUCACUCCGGCGAGACCAUUGUUCCGCUUUUCAGCAAGAUCGCUCCGUCUGUCACGAUUCCGGACGACAAGUACGACGCUCUUGUCAACCGCGUCCAGUUCGGUGGUGAUGAGGUUGUCAAGGCCAAGGACGGCGCUGGUUCUGCCACACUUUCGAUGGCGUAUGCUGGUUACAGGUUCGCCGAGAAGCUCCUCAAGGCCGCCGCGGGCGUCAAGGGCCUCGUUGAACCAAGCUACGUCUACCUUCCCGGCAUCCCAGGUGGCAAGGAGAUUGCCGAGAAGACCGGUGUCGAGUUCUUCUCCGUUCCCAUCGAGCUUGGCCCUAAUGGCGCCGAGAAGGCGGUCGAUAUCCUCGGCGACAUCACCGACAAGGAGAAGAAGUUGCUCGAGGCGGCAGUGUCGGGCCUGAAGCGGAACAUCAAGAAGGGCAUCGACUUCGCCCACAACCCCCCCCAGAAGUGAAUACCCCUCCCCCACUUUGUGAUGGUAUCCAUCUAUUUUUUGGUUUGGCAUUGAGCCAAUGUUGCCUUUGCACGGUCUUUCGGUGGCUUGCAUUUAGUUCAACCCGUCGUGGCCGGUAGAGCAAAUAUAAAAUCUUUUGUCUCUUUUUCCGUCAGGAUUCGGUAGCUGAUUGGUGUUUUCUCUCAUUAGGCUGUGAGGGGUGAAACGAUGACGAGCUCGGAAUGGGAGAGAGGAGGGCGGACAUUAUCGACUCUGCCGGAUCCGAAGGCAGUUGGAACAAAAGAACAGAAGGAACGGAUAUCACAAAAGGCGGAUAUUUCCCUGAAAGCUGGGUAUUGAGAACAUUGCUCCACGCAAACACGAUAGAAGCCAAAACAAAGUUACAAAUU